AUGGUCAACAAAGAACCAAAAAGUCAUUCCAAGCAAAUCAAAGACCCGCCACCGCCACCCGCUCUCGCAAAGCCUUCAAACGCCGAUUUGCCCAAUGAAGCGACUCCACCACCAGCUGCUGCUUCAACUCCUCCUCAAGCAACACCACCAGCAGUAGCAUCAUCUGCUGCUCCACAAGUUAAGGCUGAGAACGAGGUGAAUGCAGUACCGGCUGUCGUCAAAGAGAAAGAAAAUGCACUUCAAUGGAAAGCCGGAUGUACGCCAGGAGAUGAAAAGAAGGACGAAUCGGGAAAAGGCCUUAAGUGGCUGAUUUGGCAGAUUCAA